CAAACUGGCAACUGCCAAGUCGUUGCUACGUUGCUCGCUACGAAUAAAAUACAAAAUAAACAAAAUAAAAAUAAACACUAUUUGCCUAAGAAUCAUGGUCAAAAUAGCAUUUUGAAUUUGUAGUGAUAUCUUUUAUAGUUAGUACUUAAUUUGUUUGGACACAACAAUGAAGUUUUCACAGUACUAAUUUUACAUUACUAUAUAAGUUCAUCAACAAUGUAACAAUUAUUUCAUUUUCAAGCCUUCACAAACUAUCUAAUGUAAUUGAUUGUAAGGAAGGUAAAAAUUAUUAUGCUUCGUAUCAGCUUACACAGGCUGUGUUUUCACAACCAUCAAAAAGUAUUGUUGUAUAGACAAUACCGACCACUUCCUAUUAAAAAACUACAGAAUCAGUACACAGCAAUUAAGGAUAAAUAUAAUUCUAAGUUGAUUCAACAUUUUAGUGUUUCUCAUGUUCAUCGAGUUCCAAUACCACCUCAUCUAAUAGCUUUAUUUCUACGUCCAGUUUCACGGUUUUUCGCUAUGAUUUUAGGCACACAAAUACGUCGAUGGUAUCUAAAAUUGAGUGAAAAAGAAAAAGAGAAAUUUUGGUCAAACGUACAGAAGCGUCGUAAGCAGAUAUAUUAUAGUAUAGCAGGAGCGUUAGGGCUGUUAACAAUGUAUUGUGGUUUCCAUAUGGAACUAGAUCCGAUCACGGGGAAAAGAAAACUAAUUUUAUUUAACCAACAACAAAUGAAUGCCAUAGCCAAUGUGAUUGCUGAACAAUUGAUACAAGAAAAUCCACAUGCAGUUUUAAAACCAUCUCAUCCUCAUUACCGAAGAGCAUUGAAAAUAGCAAUGCAAAUUAUUAAUGCAAACAAAAAACAUGAUCUCGUAAAAGAUCGUAAUUGGUUUUUAGUAGUAGUUAAUGAUCCAAGAAUUAAUGCAAUGGUUUUACCAAAUGGAAUAAUAGUCGUAUUUACAGGCUUAUUAAAUAUGGCUAAUGACGAACAAGUAGGUAUUGUAUUGUCGCACGAAAUCGCACAUUGCUUACUCAACCAUCACGCUAUAAGAUUAAGCCACGAAUACUUGUUGGAAAUACUUUUGUUCUUGCCAUUAUUGUUGGUCAUGUGGGCUGUAUUUCCAAUACCUGAAGCCAUUUUUGGUUAUUUUUUAGGAAAUUACUUUAAAGACUUAGUACUUUUAUUACCAUAUGAACGUGAUCAAGAGAUAGAAGCGGACAAGUACGGUUUACUGUUAGCGGCGAAUACAUGUUUGGACGUUCGACAAGCUAUAGUGUUUUGGAAAAUGAUGGAAAAAAUAGAUGUUAACAACAAUAUUCCUUGGUGGUUGUCAACUCAUCCUUCACACAGUAAAAGAAUCGAAUAUAUUGAAAACCUAAUGCCGUAUGCUUUAAAAAUACGACAUCAAAAAGGAUGUCCUGUCAUUGAUAAAAGUUAUUGGUCAAGGUUACCAUUUUUUAACUAAAAGUCCAGUAACUAAAGUUGUACAAAUUUUGCUUAAAGUCGAACUAUUUACUUCAACUAAUCGGUAAACUGAUGUAGGUAACUACAAUAUUAGAAUUUUUAUAGUUUAAAUUUGUUGAGAGGCCUGAAAGUUAAAUUAUUUAACUAGCUAAGACUAUGUAAGUCUUAGUGUGCCUGUCAAAUUCUAGAUAAAAAUAUCAUAAUCAUCAUAUCUUAUUGAUUAUUUUAAAUGUUGAAAAAGUCUAUUGUAUAGUAAACUAACAUAUAAAACUAUAUCCAAAAUUGUUUUUUACAGUUUAUCACGUUCUUCAACUCUAGAUUUGAAGUCUAAUUUUAAUCUUGUAAAUGUUGUUUGUUAAUUUUUUUUUUUUAUAUUACCCUUGGCAGCAAUAUUAAAUAUUUUU